UCCUGGAGCAGUCGGCGGACAUGGCGACGGCGCUGCUGGCGGGCGAGAAGCUGCGGGAACUGAUCCUGCCCGGCGCCCAGGACGACAAGGCGGGUGCGCUGGCCGCGCUCUUGCUGCAGCUGAAGCUUGAGCUGCCGUUCGACCGCGUGGUCACCAUCGGCACGGUGCUCGUCCCGAUCCUGCUGGUCACGCUGGUCUUCACCAAGAACUUCGCAGAGGAGCCCAUUUACUGUUACACCCCGCACAACUUCACCCGCGACCAGGCCCUGUACGCCCGCGGCUACUGCUGGACGGAGCUGCGGGACGCGCUUCCCGGCGUGGACGCCAGCCUCUGGCCGUCGCUGUUCGAGCACAAGUUCCUGCCCUACGCUCUGCUGGCCUUCGCCGCCAUCAUGUACGUGCCCGCGCUGGGCUGGGAAUUCCUGGCCUCCACGCGCCUCACGUCCGAGCUCAACUUCCUACUGCAGGAGAUCGACAACUGCUACCACCGCGCGGCCGAGGGCCGGGCCCCCAAGAUCGAAAAGCAGAUUCAGUCCAAGGGGCCCGGCAUCACCGAGCGCGAGAAGCGAGAGAUCAUCGAGAACGCCGAGAAGGAGAAGAGCCCCGAGCAGAACCUGUUCGAGAAGUAUUUGGAGCGGCGCGGCCGCAGCAACUUUCUGGCCAAGCUGUAUCUGGCGCGGCACGUGCUCAUCCUGCUCCUCAGCGCGGUGCCUAUCUCCUACCUGUGCACCUACUACGCCACCCAGAAGCAGAACGAGUUCACGUGUGCGCUGGGCGCCUCGCCCGACGGGCCGCCAGGUGGCGCGGGCCCGGGCCCGGCUGUGCGCGUCAACUGCAAGCUGCCGUCGGUGCAGCUCCAGCGCAUCAUCGCGGGCGUGGACAUCGUGCUGCUGUGUUUCAUGAACCUCAUCAUCCUGGUCAAUCUCAUCCACCUCUUCAUCUUCCGCAAGAGCAAUUUCAUUUUCGACAAACUGCACAAGGUGGGCAUCAAGACGCGCCGCCAGUGGCGACGCUCCCAGUUCUGUGACAUCAACAUUCUGGCCAUGUUCUGCAAUGAAAACCGCGACCACAUCAAGUCACUCAACCGGCUGGACUUCAUCACCAACGAGAGCGACCUCAUGUACGACAACGUGGUGCGGCAACUGCUGGCCGCACUAGCGCAGUCCAACCACGACGCUACGCCCACGGUGCGUGACUCGGGCAUCCAGACGGUCGACCCGAGCGCCAACCCCGCCGAGGCCGACGGCUCCUCGGAGCCGCCAGUGGUCAAAAGGCCGCGCAAGAAGAUGAAAUGGAUUCCCACCAGCAACCCUCUGCCUCAGCCCUUUAAGGAACAGCUGGCGAUCAUGCGCGUGGAGAACAGCAAGACUGAGAAGCCCAAGCCCGUGCGCAGGAAGACGGCCACCGACACGCUCAUCGCGCCGCUGCUGGACGCGGGCGCCCGUGCCGCACACCACCACAAGGGCGGCGGCGGCGGAGAAACCUCUGCGCCGCCCGCCACUGCCGCCGCCGCGGGGGACAAGAAGCACGCGCGGCACUUCUCGCUGGACGUGCACCCCUACAUCCUGGGUACCAGAAAGCCCAAGCCCGAGCCCGCCCCUGCCGUCGCCCUGCCCGCCUCCCGGAGCCAGGAGGGGGGCUUCCUUUCGCAGGGAGACGAGUGCGCGCUGGGCCUGGCCACCGCACCCACCAAAGAUGCCCCUCUUCCGGAAAAGGAUCUCGCGUUCCCAGCAGAUGCACCCCGGGCCAGUCUUCCCUCCGCCGGCCCCUUCCACGUCUGCUCACCCGUCUCAGCCCCUGCUGCAGCUCCGCUGUCUCCGCCCGGCCUGGGCAAGGCUGACCCCCUGACUAUCCUGAGCCGAAACGCCACUCAUCCCCUUCUCCACAUCAACACGUUGUACGAGGCCGGGGAGGAAGAGGAAGGGGGCCCCUGCCCACCCCCGGACAUGGGUGAGCUUAUUGCCAUCCCGCCCCCUCAGCAAAUCCUCAUUGCCACCUUCGACGAGCCCAGGACAGUCGUGAGUACUGUGGAGUUCUGAGGGAAGAAACGCCGGCUGCC